AUGAACAGCGAUGCAACGGAGGCUGCACUCGGUCUCCCCAGCCUCUCUCCUCUGAACAACAAUACAAUUCCUCAAAUCAGAAAACCAAUACCAAUACCGACACCAAGACCACCGCUAACGACAACAUCACAACCAACGCCAUCAGCUAGCCCUCCUCUUCCAGACGCAGACGCCAUCAGCUGUAUAUGUGGGUUUCUCUUCGACGAUGGCUUCAGCAUUGCCUGCGACGUCUGCUCUCGUUGGUGCCAUGCAGCAUGCUUCAAUAUUGUCGAGGGAGAGGUCCCAGAAGAGUGGCGCUGUUGGGACUGCGAUCCCCGUCCUGUUAACCGUGACCGUGCAGUACGCCUCCAGAAGCAACGUGUCACAGAUAUGCAAGCCAGGGAGAGGGAAAGAGACAAGGAAAAAGAUAAAGACAAGGGCAAAAAACGAGACAGAGCAGGCUCGCCCGUACAGCGACGACGAGUCAGUGCUGCUGCUAUCGAGGGCUCUGGAAACGCAAAGAAGAAACGCAGAGCAUCUAUCAUGUCCCCGUCGACACCGCACCCACCGCCGACGCCAACACAGCAAGGGGAAGACGAGCCAAAGCUCAUGCAAGACUCCGCAGACAAGCCCAGGCAUGGCGGGGCGUCACCGCCCUCUCACCCCCCCAUACAUCCCAACCGUACACAGAUCCACACAGUCCCACCUACACCCUCUCCAAGUCAGCUACACACCAACCCCCUCGUUCGCCCGCCCACCUACAGCCUCCACACAACUACGCCAGUCCCUUCGUCCAGCUACAUCGCCCCGUUUACCUGCGCUAUCACCCCGAGCGCCUCUUACCUCGCCGACCCGCUCAAUGCAUACGCCCACCUCGGCAUGCCGAAGCCAUUUGUGCACCUCAUGGGUCCACCGUUGGAUGUUGCCCUCGAUGCGAGGGUCGUCGGCGACGAGGGACGCUUUGCCCGGAAUGGGUGUCGUCCAAAUGCAGUGCUAAGGCCCUUACUGUGCUCCAAGGCAAAGAAUGAGUCUAAGGCAAGUGAAUCGUCCGAGAAAGAGGGGGAAGAAAGCGUGAGGAGGGAGAGGAGGGAAAGUGGGAAGAAUAAGAAGAACGACAAUACAGACUCAGAUGAAGAAACCCUAGCGUUUGGCGUAUUCGCUCUGCGCGACCUCAAAGCCAACGAAGAAGUCGUUCUCGGUUGGGAAUGGGACGACGGAAACGCAGUGCACAGUCUCCCAGCACUCAUCGAAAGCCCACAUUUGUUCUCGACGUACCACCUAACUCAUCUUCGCGCACAAAUGACCUCAAUCCUCCAUGCCCUCAGCUCCACAUUCACAACGUGCGCAUGCGGUGCCCGCGCAAGGGACUGCGUAUUGAACGUCAUGGCGCAGUAUGUUGACGGCGAACUUGAUGCAUCUAGUGUCACGCGUGCGUCAGAGCAGCCUAUGAAUGGUACAGGCGUCGGGCUAAAUGGUGUAGGCGCUGGGGCGAUCAAUGGUGCAGGGACAACGAAUGGUACAGGCAUCGGAAUGACGAAUGGGAAUGGCGCGAGGCAGGCAGGGAAGGCAGAUGCAGGCGAUGGGUCGAGCUCAGACAAAGAAAAUUGGGGACAUGAGUAUGGGCGGAAUGGAGUAGGUCUUGGGAUCCAGAUGAACGCGAACCCGACUAGUACCAACGGGAACGGCGGCGCCAAUAUCAACACAAACGGCUUGAAUGGGAACACACCAUCAUCAUCCACAUUCACCCGGAAAAUUGACCUCGGUCCGCUGAUCGGUGCGAAGCGCGGCUUUAGGACGCGGGAGAAAGUGCCGUUUGGUGGGGGCGUUGGUGGUGUGGAGAUGGUUCCGUCGGGAUCAGGGGUCAGUUUUGCCGCUGGGUCGACUGGAGGGUUUGGUGCUGAGCUGAGUGGGGGUUUUGGUGCUGGGUCGAGUGGUGGGUUAUCGAGUGCAGGACCUGACGUAUGGCCUUCAAGUUUCAAUACUCCCGCUGGGUUUUCGAACUUCGGACCGAGUGGAGGUCCGUCGAAUUGGCGCCCUACGAUUUCUGCCUCGAGUGCGUCACGAAUUUUGAAUUCCACGAGGACAAGCGACAGGAAGGGCAAGGGGCGUGCGACGGAGGAGACAGAUGUGGACACGGAUGUGGACGUGGAGGGCGACGGCCCUACUCCAGAUUCGAUGGACGUCAACGAGGAGAAGAUUCCGCCGAGGAUGCGUAAGAGGUGGAUGCAUACUGUGUCUGUGUCUGUGUCGCAUGAUCGUGACGAGCGUCCUUCUUCGCGGAAUGGGAGAAAAACUGUUUCUAUCAACGGACAGGGCCUAUCGGGUUCGCAUGGACAGCAUGGUCAAAGCCUAUUGGGAGCGCAUGUACAUAGUUCACAAGUAUUGAGUGGUCAUAGUCCACCCGCCCCGGUGUCUACGACGGACUGGAGAAGCCCGACAUUACUGUCGGCGGACAGUCCAGCACCAACGUCUGGAGACAGCCCUUCGCCGCCACCCCCCGAGAGCACGGCGGACGGAAUGGAUAUCGAUGUGAACGAUACGUCUCCUGACAUCCGUCAAAUGCCACCACCACCAAUGCCGGCAGCUCUCGACCCCACCACCAUUUCUUCCGUCGCAUUCGCAUCCGUCUCGCCCUCAGCGACAUUCUCAAAACUAUCUCUUCUGUCACCCGUUCUGCCUGAUAUGCGCUCCGGGUCACCAUCCCUCUCUGGAGUGCCUCUGACAAACUCGUCUAGGCGUCCUAUACCGAUAUCGUCCCCUCCGUCACACCAGUCAUCCAAUAGCAAGAGUCCUUCAGACGCACCGAGCACACAAGUCAUAGUCUAUCCGCCAUUGUCCAAUCCAUCGAUGCCAAGCGCUUCUUCGCCCUAUCGUGUGCGGUUUGCAUCCCCAGAGGUGUUACAUGGGCAACCGUCCUUGAAGACUACUCAGCAUACUCCGCUUAAAUCGGGGAGGGAAGCGACGCCUCCUAUUUAUUCGCAUACCCCUCCACCUGAAGAUGACAAAACAGCUGGCUCAGUAGUGGAUGAUGAAGUACCACAGUCAGAUAGGAGCCCUGUGCAUGACGGAACUUCUCACGAGGUCAAGAUUGUCCCACCAGAUGAAGCACCGCAUACACAUGCGUCCAUGUCAUCAGUCAUGCACGAUCCAACUCCACCUGUGUCAUCGAUAUGCGAGUCGACGUCAUCCCUCCGUGAUUCCGAUUCACUACCUCUAUCGUGCGAACCCGCGCUACCUAUACACGCAUCUACGCCAGCAACACAUGAACCCACGCCACCCGCACGCGAACAGUCACCGCUGCCUCCUCCAAAGGUGAAGAUGUCCCUAAAGGACUUUGCCCUGCGCAAGAAGAAGCAACGGGAAGAAAUGGCGAAGGAGCGGGAGCGGGAGUGUGAGUCGCCUGGUGGACUGGGUAUGGGAUUGCUAGAGGAGAGCGGCGACGAAGGGAUGCAUGUGGAUGAGGAUAGUGCAGAUGAGCGGCUGGGGAGGGAUUCUGAGGGGACGGAUCACGAGCGUGACUUGGAAGUGACCAUGUUGGAUGUGAGAGAGGCGCAGGAUGUAAUGAUGGAUGGUUACAAUGAUGUGCGGCCAGCUGUUGAAGGGGUGAAGGACGAACCUAUCGCUUCUUCUGCCAUGCAGACAGCAGUGGACUGCGUGCUGGAGGAUCCACCUGCUGAGAGUCAGCGGCGCUGUGAAUCCGAGCCACGAGGCGCUCCUCCAUCCCUGCCGAGGUCUCCCGUCGCAUCCCCAAGAUCUGUUCGUAGCAUGGAUAACGCUCAUCCCAACGGCCAACUUGCAGAUUCCGCUUCUCUCAUGGCCAAGACCGAGAUACUGGAGACUUCUGUACCCAAUGGACUUGUGGGUGCCUAUGAUAGGGCAUCGCCAUCUGCGCCGGACCCACCUCCUCCUCCAUUGCGCCAGCAGACCAAGGGCACAGAAAGACAACCAUCACCCAAAACUUUUUUGUCACCCUUACCCCCUUCUGCUCCGGCUUCCUAUUCUCUUAGACCCUCUCAUGAAGAUGGAGAAAUUACAAGCGCCUCUCCUCCGAAGUCCUCGCAUUUCUUUCCCCGAUCUUACACGCCUCCAACCCAGCCCCGCUCAUUUCAGACAUCACACCCCUCGUCUCCUAAUUUUAAUCAUGCCACAUCCACAUCCACAUCCACAUCCACCCCAUCAUCUUCAGCUUCCUGGCGCGGCCCACCUCCGCCGACAAGAGCACCCUUAUCCAGCACUCCUUCGAAUGGGCCUUCGCGCCCCUUACCCAGUGGGCCACGGGCACUGAGAGUAAGUAGUCAAUCAUCCCAUCCACCGACAUAUUCUUCUCCCAGUAGCCGCGUGUACAGCGGUUCGCAAUACAUUCCUCGUGGGCCGUCUGCUGAUCGUGAUCGUCAUGACCGUGAUCGUCUUGAUUGGGAACGAGAGCGUGGGUGGGCGCCACGAUCGCGAGGACGUACGGGAAGCAGUGGCUGGGGUCGAUAA